CACCCGCGCACAAAACAUUCUCGAAAUAUAUUUAAAAGCAAACAAUAGUGGCAAUAUUCGUGCAAAAUAAAUGGAAAACAUCUUAAGUAUGAUAACAACAAAAAAAGCGAAAUGUAGUGCCCAAAAAACACAUUAACAAACUAAACACCAAAAUGAAGUAGAGGACGACUAAGAAGUCCAUAAACAUACUACAAGUAACGAAAUGAGCUUGCUCUAUGUUGUCAAUAGUGAGGGAAUGGACUAUGUACAAUUAAGUAACCGUUUUGACGGAUGAGUGUUUGGUAGUGAGGGGGAGAACCUAGUAAAGAGAGAUCAAAUACACACUCAUCAGUAUUUAGGUAUAUGUUGAUCAUAAUCCUAUAAUACGUGUAUUUGGUAAUAAAAAAUAAAAAAAAUUGAGAUGAUAUUCAAUGUAUUCUUAAUACAGAUACCAAACUUCAGGGACAGUUUUCUCUCUAGAAGGAAGUUAAAUAAAGAAAUUUAAUGGACACCAAAUUUCAACCCAGCAAGGAAAGAGAAAAGAAAAAUAAUUUUCAUAUCAACAAAAUAUUCUUCCCUAAUUUUAAUACAAACAAACAUCACUGUCUCUUUUCUCAGUUAUAUCGUCUCCCCACGCAAACGAGAAAGUUAAAAAAGAAAAUACAAUAAUAAGAGGAAUGAAUUAUGAAAAAAAAUAAUUAAAUAGCUUAUUAUCCAUUUGUUUGUACCUCACCUCACCUCCCACUUUGUGCCCCCAAAAGCUCCUAUAUCUAUCCCCUCCAUUCCCUCAAACGCUCCAUAGCCCAUCUCCAUUUCCUUUCCUUUCUUCUCCACAAACCCUAAUCAGGAAUUCUCCCUUCCAAAAUCGAAACUUUACAAUCAAAUGUUCAAAACCCAGAAAUCAAACUAACACAAUCGAAGAAGAUCGAAACCUGAAAUCAAGAACGACAUCAUUUCCAUCGACAUGACGAGCUGCGGAUUGACGAUGCCAGGAACCGACGCCGCUCUCUUCGGCGCCUCGCCUUCCUCCACCGCCAGAUUGCCCGACCCGGUUCUCCGGGUCCGGCCUUCUCUGGGUCGCCCGUCAAUGGCGUCCUUCAGGACGAGGGCCACCAUGAACGAAACGGCCUCUGCCUCUUCCGGCAGGACGUGCACGGCACCCGCCGGGGCGGAGAUGAGCUUCUACGACCUGCUUGGGAUACCGGAGUCGGUGAGCCUGAGAGAUAUUAAGCUGGCGUACAAGCAGCUGGCGAGGAAGUACCACCCUGACGUCUCGCCCCCGGAUCGGGUCGAGGAGUACACCCAGAGGUUCAUUCGGGUGCAGGAGGCCUACGAGACGCUGUCGGAUCCUCGACAGAGGGCGCUCUACGAUCGGGACAUGGCCAGAGGGCUUCACCUCGCCUUCUCGGCCAGGAGACGUUCUUCAUACCAUGACGACGAGGAAAUCGGUGAAAGAGGAGACUGGAGAAACCAGUGGCAGUCUCAGGUGUCUGAGUUGAAGAGAAGAAGCGAGAGCAGGAGUGUAGGUGGAAGUGAUAACAUGUCAUGGGCAGCUCGAAUGCGUCGCCAGAAGGCAGAAAUGGCAACCAAUGGAUUGUAGUAACAUAUAAUUAGUAAUCAAUAGUACAAUAAUCUCUACUUUUUGCAACUGCUUCAGGCUUAUGGGUGGGUGGCUUUGUGGAUCCACAGUGGGGGAUGAUUAAGUCUGGAUCUGAAGUCUGUAUCUAUAGGCUGGGUUUUUUUUUUGUUCGCCAUGUAAGAUCCAGACUGUAAUCGAAGGGGAUGCUCUGUAUAUAUGAAAAAGCUCUCUGUCAAAUCUACCUUCUGCCUCGUUUGAACUAAGUUCAUCAUCCUCUGGUUUGGUUGUAUGUCCAUGAAUCAUUCAUCGAUUGUGGUGUGUUCUGUUGCUACUUGCUAGAACUUGAGCCGCAGAAUCCAUGGUUGUGGACAGUGAUAAUCAAGUCUGUGAGCAAUAUCUGUUAAACAGGGACAAAUUUUGGGGAGAUUAGGGGGUUGUAAACGUCUGUCGCGCCUAGUAACGACACUUCAAAUAUCUCUAGUCGAGUCGAGAGCCAGCAAGCUUGCAGUUGCAAUCAGAUUAUGUGUGGCUAAGGCUGCUGAAGGGCCACAUUCAUUCAUUCAUUAUCUCAGCGAUCUGGAUCUGUUUGUUUAAUCACCAGUCACCACCAUCAUUUUCAAGCAUUUAUGACUUAAUUUCCUAUUCUUCCACGGUUCUGCCCACUUGCAGGAUACUGGAUACAUAUACUUGGAAGUUGGGAACAUUACCCAGAAACUUUGCCAUCUCUGUUUUGGGUAUGCCAUCUAGAUGAAGAAUUGAGUUUUGUGCUGAAAAAGGAGAGAAAGGGGAAGUGGAUAAACAUGACUCCAGCGCAUAGAUAGAAGGGUGGGAAGCAUAAGCCAUGUUACAUGUUCAUAAGUCAUAACUUAUCCAAAACCUAUACAUCUUGAGAAAAAAGGUCACAUAGUACCAGAAUUGGUUCGUGCUCUCUCUCUCCACCACUUCACUUAUCCAUUGUCUUAUCUACGAUUCAAGAAGUUGGGUGUAAGGCGAAAGUUUUAUGUCUUGUUUAGAGUGUGUGAGGAUGGUCUAAUCACGUCGAGGCGUUUGCAAGCAAAAAUAACAGUUUGUAGUAAAUGAUGAACAAAGUGUCGGUUCGAUAGCACUUCAGUUUAGACGAUUAGUAACUUGCUUAACAAUAAGCAUAAUAACUCACAAGUUCAUACGAAAAAUCAAAAGAGCAGCACACAAGUUCAUGGAAUCACAACUCAGCAGCCGACACAGUUCUUGAACUAUUUUGAAAAGAUAUCGAGAGAAUAAUGAAUUUGCAGAUGAUGUCGUUCUCCUUCUUUCAGGAUAUUGAUCGCCUCGCUCCGAGUAGAACUGCCUAAUUAUGUCUAGGUGACACCUCCAUCACAGCUUUUCGGAUGCGUGCCUCGCUGCUGAAGGCGAGGCAUUCAGCGCACCCUUUUGAACAUCGGUCUCAACGACGUUGUAUAAUUUUCGUUUAUGAACGAAAAUUUAAAACUUUUUAGGUAUUAGAUUAACUGCAAUAUAUUCUAAAACAAAACAAAAAAAAAUCACCCCAUCAAAAACAUGUUGAUGCUCAAGUCAAUAGAGUUGCAUCAUGAUAGUAUAGAGCUAUACCGCCACGGUAUUAGUUUUGCGAUGAUCGUAUAGACUAAAUCAUCAUGCUACAGAGAUGCAACACAUGACCGUGAACACUUCAUUCUAAAGAUUGAGUCUCUUCCCUAAAACAAAUCAUCAUGCUUAAAGACAUGAAUGAACAUUACAUAUGGCUGAUCGAAGGUCAGAUAUUGGAGGAAAUUCGACAGUUAUGUUGAGUUCUUCUUUAAGAGGGUGGUAGAAUGAUCAGAAAUUCGAAAGUUCUGUUGAGUUUUUCUUCUUCAGGAGGGUGGUACAAUGAUCAAAUAUAAAUAGACACAAUGAUGUAAAGUCGAAGAGAAAAAGGUAAAUAAACCCUGAUUUAUUUGGAGAUCAAUCAUUAAUGGCUGGAAGUAAAGUAUGUAGGGUUAAAAAUUCUCAUUCUAGAUUCUACAGAGAGAAAAAAGUGCUUGUAAACAUUAUUGGUGAUCCGAUUCGAAAAAUCUUAUAUUAGAGUAUAAAUAAGCAGGUGAGUUCUAGCGGUAUGAAAUCGAAAUGAUUGAAAUAUAAUUAAACUACGACUUAGUACAAAAUACUCUAUUACUGACUUUUCAAAUACAACAUUUCGAUACGGUUUUACAAUAGUAAGAAAACAAGUCCAUUCAUGAGACAGAGCCGUGCCAAGUGGGUGGACGUGGUGGGCGAGGUGGUGAGGUAUUGCUCUUUUGUUGUCGUGUUAGUGGAAAACUGAGGACAUGAAAUGAAUGAUAUGAAAGGAUGAUGGUGACGAUAAUGAUGAUGAAGUGUUAGGUUAACUUUAGUUUGAUGAAGACAAGCCUGCUCCCACCAUCCAUUCAAAGAAUCCAAACUCAUUAGUAUUCAGCCCGAUUCGAUCUAAUUAAAAUGGAUAAAAUUUGGUGUUAGACGGAUUUUGAGCUGGUUCGAGUUUUACCUGUCUUUAAGAUUGAUGGGGUUGGAUUAGGUGUGGAGAUUGUUAACAUUUAACUCGCUUUUCAUUCGAGUGAUCGAGUCGCACCCAAACAAUAAAAUAAUAUCAUUGUGUAUCAAACCUCAAUACUAAGGAUAAUUUAUAGAUGUAUUGUCUUUAUGACAAUAUAAUUCUAAUAAUACGAAGAACUUACGGACAUUUAGGGGUGUCAGUUCGGUUACCCGAACCAAAACCCGAAACCGAAAAUUAUUGAAACCGAACCCGAUAAGGACUUGCGGGUUCCGGUUACCCGAAACCCAAAAAUUUCUUAUCUGGUUCGGGUUCGGUUAAAGUAAAACCGAAAACCCAAACGCCUAAUAAUACAUACUGAGUUCUAUUCAUUGGAGGUUUUUAGCCGGAACCCGAAAAACCGAUAAACAAAACCGAACCUGAGACCGGAAAAACCAAAACCCGAAACAAACCCAAACCCGAAAAUGUAUAUAAUCGGGUCGGUUUCAGGGUAAACCCAAAAAACCAAACCGGGACACCCCUACGGACAUUAUCGCUCUGUUUGGCAACAAGGGGGGUGCAAAUUGCAGGAGGGUGCAAGUUGAGAGGUAAAUUGUUGGGGGUGCAAAUUGCUGGGGGGUGUAAGUGGAGGGGUAAAUUGUUGUUUGGAUGAAAAAGUAUGGGGGUGCAAAUAGAGUGAAAAGUAAGUAAUUAUAUUAUUUUAAAAUAGAUUUUAAGAUUGCAA